AAACCGGUUCGAUUGCGACCGCGCGAACCUUUCAGUUUUGCCCUAACCCGCCCGGCCCUGAAUGUAUUUCUUCCGCUCGUAGUGUUCUACUUUUCGCUGUGCAGUUUCGAAUUGCAGCUGUGAAAGAUGGAAGCUACCGCCGCCGCCGCUACUGGCGUCGCCACAGAAGCCCCACUCGGAUGGGAUUUCAGCUGCAACUUGGAAGUCGAUUAUGAGUCUGAUGAGAUUGCUCAUAUUGUCUAUGCUGCAUUGGCUGUUGAUAAGGAGUUGCAACCGGAUAAGGUGAGAAGAAAUAUGUCGGUUGUCGAUGGAAAACUUUCUGUCCAUUUUGAGGCAGUUGAAGCGAGAUUUCUUCGGGCAUCAUACAGUGCUUUUGUUGAUGUUCUUACACUUGCAACCAAGACUGUGGAAGAAUUCGAACAUUCCAAAAGACGAGGAGAACCCAAAUCUAUAUAAUUUCAAAUUUGGUGGGCAAUGAAAAUGCUGCAAGAGGAGGGACAGCUGAAAAUUUAAGAGGAACAUGGAGAGACCAAAAGACAAUUUGAAGGAUAAUUGGCAGGAUUCAGUGGUGGAACCCUGUGCUGUGAUGUUUGUACCUACAAUAGACAAUGUAUCUCGUAUGGAUGCACAUGUUCUUGUUUACUUAGUGUCCUAACACGACAUGUGAUGUGCGAACGACACUCCCAACAAACAACAAUAGGACAAUGGUUUCUCGUUGUAAUUUACCUUUGUUGGA